AGAAAGUGAGGUGAUGACCUCAGGCUACAGGAGGGAAAGGCCGGUGAAGAGAGAGAGAAUUGCUCAAUUUGGUAUUUUCUGAAUCUUCUAUUUAAUUGUAUUGCUGACUAAUUUAAUUCAGAGUCACCGCAACAAACAAAGAAAUUUGAAGCUUUUUAUUUUUUUCAGAUGAGAGGGGUUAGAGGAGGGAAGGGUGGGGGUGGGGGGGGGGGGGGUGGGGGGGGGGGUGGCUGGCCAGCGUGGGCGUUAUAGCUUCAAUGGCGAAGAGAUGACUCAGGUGAUGUGUCAUGCUGCUAUGCUAUAAAAGGGAACUUUUACAUUUUGUCCACACACACACAAACACACACGCGUACAGUACACACACACUGGACUGGAGAAAGGAGGUUUGUUUACUACAGCGGCAGCAGAAAAGAUGAAAUUGAUUCAUGACUCCAUCCCUUGUCUCCUCCACCUGCUGCUAUUGGCUGAGCUGUUUGUCCAUUCGUCGUCUCGUCCCGCACACAGUCCUCCACCCUGUGGCAUGUUCAAAUCAAUGCUCCUUCAGGUGGAGAGCUUGAAGAACUUAUCCACAAAACUCCAUGACUUGACAGACGAUCAACUCAUAAACUUUGAGGAUGUGGAAAAUAGACUGGACGGUCUUCUUCAUAUUAAACACACUGCAGCUCAUAUCAGCUCAUUGAAGAUGAACGAGUCCCUCUCCCAGCUGUUCGUGUACACUCAGUCCUUCCGGCUGCACGUCGACUGGUUGAAAACAGCCAAAUUAAACGUCAGUUUGUCCUCCCAGUCAGCGGAGGGCGCCAGCUCCCACCUCCUGAAGUUGUCCAACCUCGUUAAUACGUCUCUUCACCAGAUCAGUGAAGAGGUUCCUACGUCGUCGUCGCUCUCCCUCCCCGUCGUCUCCACAGCCUUCGAUGUGCUCAAGUUCUCAGUUGAGAUCUCUCAACAGCUACAAGUCUUUUGUAACUGGUCAAAAAGAGUGUUGGGGCAUCUCCAGAGAUCCCACUGCCGUAAAGGUUAAGCCUCUGCCUUCAGCACAUAAGCAACUGGUAAAGUCU